AGCUGUUUCAAUAUAAAAAUUGACUCAAAAAAUAUUAAACAAAAAGAAAUGAAGCUCCAUUUUUUGCAGUACUUGACAAUAAUUUUAUUAUUAUUGAUAAUAAAAAAAGAGCAAAUAAUUAAAGCAUGUAAAUAUAAAAAAAUUCCUGAUGGAUUUAAAAUUGGUGCAGCAACAGCAGCAUAUCAAAUUGAAGGAGGAUGGAAUAUUAGUGAUAAAGGUAAAAAUAAUUGGGAUGAAUUUACUAAUUCAAAAAGUCAUUUAAUUCUUGAUGGCAGCAAUGGAAAUAAUGCAUGUAAUUUUUAUCAUAAAUAUAAAGAAGAUAUUCAAAUAAUAAAAAAUGCUAAACUUAAUCAUUUUCGCUUAUCGUUGAGUUGGUCAAGAAUUUUGCCAACUGGAUUUGCUGAUAAAAUAAGUCAAGAAGGAGUACAAUAUUAUAAAAAUGUUUUAGAUGAAUUACAUGCACAAGGAAUUGAGCCAUUUGUUACAAUAAAUCAUUUUGAUAUUCCUCAUGUCAUUGAAAAAAUGGGAGGUUGGACAAAUGAAUUGAUAGUUGAUUAUUUUGGUGAUUAUGCAAGAAUUGUUUUUCAAGAAUUUGGCUCUCGUGUAAAAUUUUGGUCGACAAUAAAUGAGCCAUCAAUUCUCUGUGAAAGUACUUAUCAUUUGGGUGUCUUUCCUCCAGGUAUGAAAUUAAGGGAUAUUGGUAUGUAUAUUUGUGGUCAUAAUGUAUUAAAAGCUCAUGCUCGAGCUUAUCGAAUUUACGAUGAAGAAUUUCGUAAAAUACAAAAUGGAAAAAUUAGUAUUGUUUUAAAUUGUAAUCAUUAUAUUCCUGUUAAUGAUAAUGAAAUUGAUAGUUGCAAAAUUGCACAUGGAUUUGAUUGCGACUGGUUUUCACAUCCAAUAUAUUCUAAGAAUGGAGAUUAUCCAAGUAUUAUGAAAAAAAAAAUUUAUGAAAGAAGCAAAUCACAGGGUUAUUUACGUUCAAGACUUCCUGAAUUUUCACCCUAUUGGAUUGACUAUAUUAAAGGAACAUUUGAUUAUUUUGGAUUAAAUCAUUACGUAACAAGGAUGACAAAAAGUAUUGAAAAAAAUAUUCAAGAUGAUUCAGGUGUUGUCAAGUUAAUAAAUGAGACAUGGGAAACAACUGGAUCAAAUGAAAAACAAGUUGUGCCUGAAGGAAUCGGUGGAAUAUUGCGAAAAAUAAAAAAUGAUUACAACAAUCCACCUGUUUAUAUUUUGGAAAAUGGACGGGCGGGAUGUGGAAAUGAAUCAGAUAUUAAUGAUAUUGAUAGAAUAAAAUAUCAUUACAGUUACAUGAAAGAAGUUCUUUUAGCUGUUAAUCGUGAUGGUUGUAAUGUCAAGGCAUAUACUGUGUGGAGUUUCAUGGAUAACUUUGAGUGGGCACGAGGUUACAGUGAACGAUAUGGACUUGUUUAUGUUAAUUUUACCGACUCAAAUUAUACAAGAAUACCAAGGCUUUCACUGUCUUGGUUUAGUCAUAUAAUUAAAAAUAAAAAAUUAAUUAAUUUUGAAGAAUUUAAUAGUUUAAAUUAUGUAUAAAAAAAAAAAAAUGAUUUAAUACUGUAUUUAAUCUAAUCAUUUAUUUAGCCUGUUAGGGUUAAUGACACUGACUCGGUUCGUGAAUAAAAAGCAAUAUUAAUUUUAA